UAACUUCUAUAUUGAUAUAAUAUAAUGUUUUUAAGCUAGAAGAUAAUAGCAACUAAAAAUAAAUAACUACGUUUCAUGUAUUCCUAAUUUCAUAGAUUAUCGUAAUAUAUUCUGAUAAUAUUAAUUUUGAAUAAAAGUUUUUGUUUUUGGAGUUUAUACAAUUUUGUGAAUAUUUAAUAGAUAUUAAUUUUUGAAAUGAUUAGAAUGUUUCAAAAAAUAUUGUUUAAGAAAAUACCUCCUUAUGUUCCAAAAUGUUCCCGGUUAGUUCGAGUUAGUCAAAUUUCAAAUGAUUCCAUGAAAGAUGAAAGUAGUAAUUCUGAAGCAUCGAAUACAGAUCAAUUCCACGAAGACUCUUCACAAUGUUCAUAUAAGACGCGAGAAGUAUUGCAUCUGCUUGAAAAAGCUGCAACAUUUGAUGGUGUCAUGGAUAAAAAUUGGAUGACAACCCCAUAUCCUAAGGAUAUUCCGCUCAAUUAUAAAGAGGAAACAAAACCAAGUGUUAAUCCAGAAAAUACUUCUGUUUUGUUAUUUCCUGGCCAAGGUAUUAUUAAAGUUGGGAUGAUUAAAAAGUAUAUGGAUUAUCCUGCUGCUAAGGAACUUUUUGAAAUAACCAAUGAAAUAAUUAAUUACAAUUUACUAAAGCUUUGUUUGAAUGGCCCACAAAAGGAAUUAAAUCGAACUGAAUUUAAUCAAGCUGCUACAGUAGUAUCAUCGUUGGUUGCAUUAGAAAAAAUACGAGCAGAGGCUCCUAAAGUAUUUGAAACUUGUGUUGCUACAGCAGGAUAUAGCGUAGGAGAGAUAACUGCUUUAAUUCUUUCUGGCAUUAUAACUUUUGAAGAUGGAAUUCGAUUAGCAUGGUCUAGAGGAAAAGCUAUGCAAUAUGCGUCAGACAUGGUGCCUCAAGGAAUGUUAUCUGUAUUUGGUACAUCAAAAGCACAAAUUUCCAAAGCUUGUAUCGAAGCAGAAAAUUGGAUAAGGGAUAUGGGUAUUGAAAAUCCAACAUGCAGAACCGCUAUUUUUCUAUGUACAGAAAGAAAAAUAAUAGCAGGAAAUAUAGAAGCAUUGGAAUAUAUCGAAAAACAUAAAGCACAAUUUGGUUUAACUAACACAUCUAGAUUACCUGUAUCAGGAGCAUUUCACACACCAUUGAUGGAACCUGCUUUAAAGCCAGUUUCUAAAAUAUUAAAUUCGAUAGAAAUAAAUGAACCUAGAUGUAUAGUAUAUUCCAAUUAUAAAGCUGUACCAUAUACUAAUUUACGAUAUGUAAAAAAAUACAUAUUAAAACAAAUCGUGUCACCAGUUAGAUGGGAACAAUGUUUACAACAUAUAUAUAACAGACCUGAUGGAAUACUAUUUCCACAAACAUAUGAUAUAGGAUCAAAUGGAAGAAUGAAAACUAUCUUAAAGUUAGUCAAUUCAAAAGCAAGCAGGUCAUGUAUUGUAAUUUAAAAUACAUCUAAAAUUACUGUAUUAUUAUGUACAAUUUUUCUUAAACUUUUGCUUCACUUUUUCAUUUACCGAUAUGUACUUAACAUUAGAAGAAAUAUAAAUAAAUUUAAAAGAAUAACAAAUUUUAAUAUUAUAUCUAUACAUAUAUUUAAACAACAGUAGUGUUUAUAGGUAAUAUAAUCAUACAACAACACAGUAUAAUAAAGAGAUACAUUUUUGUCCUACACAACUGCAUUAUAUCUAUUUAUUUGUAUUAUAUUCUAUGUAUUCUUUUUCUACGACUUACAUCGCGUCAACUGCAAAAUCAUUAGCGACAAUACUGUGUCUAGAUGACUUAUAUUUUAGAGUAAUAUUUGUUUAUCUUAGUUUAUUGUAUUUGCUAUGUGAUUCUAUAAUGUUGCAAAUGUACCUGGUUUUAUGCUGUAGUUCUGUUCUGUAGAUCUGUUCUUAUGUUUUUAGUGAGUAGAAUAUAACUGAUGACUAUAUAUA